GGCCUGGCUUUCAUUAUAAGCCGGGGGUCUAGGGGAUUCUCUCUCUGCAUUGUUAGUAGGGCCAGUUUGUGGGUGGGGGAGGGAAAGGAAAAAACUUAGGGGUCUCCACAAUGUAGCAGAAGGAGCUGGUGGGCUUUUAGUGCAUCUUCACCUGGUGAAACAGAUGAAGCACCAUGUCGUCCCGUGGUUCCUUGGUGGCCCUGGGGCUUGGUUCCCAACCCAGGUGCAGCACCCCCAUGCAAGUGCAAACAACUCCCUUUUCUACUCUGCACUUUCUUCCGCACAAGAGCCAGCCUCUCCCCCCACUCAGCCAGGAAGACUUCUUUGAGAACUUUGAGGGGAGCUUCUAUGACCUGAAUGACAUUUUUGGGGCUGACUCGUUCGAGUGCGACUCCUCACUGCCCGACGCCCAGCUGAUCCAGAGGAUUGUGUCUCAAGUGGAGUUCUACUUGUCUGAUGAGAACCUGGCCAAGGACGCCUUCCUCCUGAAGCACGUCCAGAAGAACAAAUUGGGCUUCGUCAGCAUCAAACUGCUGACCUCCUUCAAGAAGGUGAAAUACCUAACUCGAGACUGGAGGCUCACUCUCUACGCCCUGCAGUUCUCGGAGCUGCUGGAGGUGAACGAAGAAGGGACUAAGGUGAGAAGGAAAAUUCCCAUCCCGGAGUCUCUCCUGAGCAUCCCGCCAAGCAAGCUGCUCCUGGCCUGGAACCUCCUACCCCAGGAACAGGGCGUGUCGCCACCGCUCCAGAAGAGCUUCAUUGAGACCAUCACUAAAAUGUUCAGCCCCUUUGGCGCCAUCGCCUCCAUCCGCAUCCUGAGGCCAGGCAAGAAGCUGCCUUCUGACGUGAAGAAGUAUUCCUCCCGCUACCCCGAGCUCCUGACCAAGUGCUGCGCCUUGGUGGAGUAUGAAAACCUGGAGAGUGCCAGGAAGGCUUAUGAGGAGCUGAACUGUGGCCAGGGCUCCCCCGGCAGGGAGAGCAUCAAGGUGGUUCGUCUCUCCGGGAAGGGCUCCAAAAAGAAGAGUGGGGAUGAUGUGGAAGAGGUGGAGCUAGUGGACCAGCUGGGCAGGAAGCAGCAGGCGUCGGAGACGCUGGCCUAUGCCGCGGGAGACUCUUUCUUCUGCAGCUCUUCGGAGUCCGACAGCAUGCUGGCUUCCCCUCCCGUCCUGAUGCAGAAGUAUCUCUCCACUCCGAUGUGGUCCGCCUGCAGCCUGGGCGUGAGCUUCAAACCUGGCUUCUUCAGCAGCCCUCAGGCCAGCCCUCUUCUCCCCAAUAAAAGUCUGGCUCACCCCCACUGCCCUUCGCCCCUGGCUGCCGAGCUGGGCAACGGUGGCUCCUCCAGCCCAGAUACCAGUCCCGAGUUCCGACGAUUGUCCGAUUCCUGCUGGGACAGCGGGAUCGGCUCUGGCAGCUCAUGGGUCCAGCGGCGACGGGUGGCUGCCCAUAGCCAGUCUCUGGAAACCAGAGCUCUACCCUGCAGCAAUCUGGCAUUAAGAAAGAUGACAGAUUCCUUUGGCCUUCGACCUGGAGUGAUGCGCCUGCCCCAUGGGCCAGAUGGCACCAAAGGCUUCUACAACAGCAUCGGGAGAGGAAAGCUGGUCCUAAGACACUAGUGUGUCAUUGUGGUUCUUUUGGGUUUUUUUUGUUCUUCUCUCAAGUAAAUUAACCUCUUUCCAGGGUCACUGGGAUAUCCGCUAACGACGUAAGCACAGCCCUGCAGGAAGCUGGAGUCUGAAGUAUUAGAAACUUAGGGGUUAAGAGGAAUGGUCAACGAAUAGUCGGCUUGGGAGGUGAGAUGCUGAGGAAGAGGAUGUACCAAACAACCACCAUUUCUCUCUCGCUGUAGUGGCUGCUUCUGUCCAUGUGCUGUCUAGUAUCUAGACUUUCUAAGCUGAGCCAUGCUGCUGAGAUUUUAUUGUAGCUAAGGGUUUUAUUCCACUAACUCCCAAGCUAUCCGCUACCAAAUAGUUGCAUGUAUAUCUCAGCCUGCACCUAUCACUAGCAAGACUCAGGGACUUGUUCCUCUUUCUGAUCCAGUAAUGUAGCCUUCAGUUCUCAGAGCAGUGUCACCUACGGGGGGAGUUUAUACCCUUUCAGAACCAGACUUUCAGGAUGUGGUACUCUGUAACGGCACAGCUUGGCAGCAGAUGAUGUAAAUAGGUUGUUUCUAAAAUGGAGUAUUAUCUGUGUUGACAUGAGAGGUUAUGCAGAUGGAAUGUUAAAAUGAUCAAUAAAGAGAGUUGAAGUAUUCCAGGCACCUGCUGUA